AUGUCGGUCAAGAUCACCGCGCCCGCCACCGCCCGCUUCCGCGGCUGCGAGGACGAUGGCCUGGUCUGCCUCGAGAUCGAGGAUGGCUCCGCCUACCAAGGCUACAGCUUCGGUGCCAAGAAGACUAUUGCAGGAGAGCUCGUCUUCCAGACUGGCAUGGUUGGCUACCCUGAGUCGGUUACCGACCCUUCUUACCGUGGCCAGAUCCUCGUCAUUACCUUCCCUCUGGUUGGUAACUAUGGUGUGCCCUCGCGCGAGACCGUCGACGAGCUUCUCGGCGAUCUGCCCGCCCACUUCGAGUCCUCUCAGAUCCACGUCGCUGGCCUGGUUGUUGCCUCGUACUGCGGCGAGGACUACUCUCACUUCCUUGCUCAGUCCUCUCUCGGCUCCUGGCUCAAGGAGCAGGGUGUUCCCGCCAUGUACGGCGUCGACACUCGCGCCUUGACCAAGAAGAUCCGCGAAAAGGGCAGUAUGCUCGGCAAGAUGCGCCUCGAGCUUCCCGGCACUGCCAAUGGCACUGCCAGCGACGAGCGCACCCACACCACCCUCGACUCUUUCGAGAAGAUCGAGUGGUCGAACCCCAACGCCGACAACCUGGUUGCUCAGGUCUCCGUCAAGACACCCAAGCUCUACAAGCCCCCCGCGUCUUGUGUUCGCAAGCACCCCUCCGGCCGCGCCAUUCGUGUUCUGUGCGUCGACGUCGGUAUGAAAUACAACCAGCUGCGCUGCUUCCUCAAGCGCGGCGUUGAGGUCAUGGUCUGCCCAUGGGACUACGACCUGACCAAGGCCGCCGGCGAGGAGUACGACGGUCUCUUCAUCUCCAACGGUCCCGGUGACCCCGCCGUUCUCGAGACUACCGUCCAGAACAUCUCCGCCGUCAUGCAAAAGAACAAAACCCCCGUCUUUGGUAUCUGCUUGGGUCACCAGCUCCUGGCUCGCGCUUCCGGUGCCGCCACCAAGAAGAUGAAGUUUGGUAAUAGAGGUCACAACAUUCCCUGCACGAGUCUCGUCUCGGGCAAAUGCCACAUUACUUCUCAGAACCACGGCUUCGCCGUCGACGCCGAGACACUCCCCGCCAACUGGAAAGAGCUUUUCGUCAACGCCAAUGACGGUAGCAACGAGGGUAUCAUGCACGUCAGCAAGCCCUACUUCAGUGUUCAGUUCCACCCCGAGAGCACCCCUGGUCCUCGCGACACCGAAUUCCUCUUUGACGUCUUCAUCAACACAAUGGCUAGCUGUGCCGAGAACCCCUCUCUUCUGCAAUCUCCCGUCAGCUUUCCUGGCGGCGCCAUCGAAGAGAACGAGAGACUUCACCCCCGCGUCUCUGUCAAGAAGGUUCUUGUUCUCGGUUCCGGUGGUCUGAGCAUCGGCCAGGCGGGUGAAUUCGACUACUCUGGCAGCCAGGCCAUCAAGGCUCUCAAGGAAGAAGGCAUCUACACAGUCCUUAUCAAUCCCAACAUCGCCACCAUCCAGACCUCCAAGGGUCUUGCUGACAAGGUCUACUUCCUGCCUGUCAACGCCGAGUUUGUCCGCAAGGUCAUCAAGUAUGAGCACCCUGACGCCAUCUACUGCACAUUCGGUGGCCAGACUGCUCUGCAGGUCGGUAUUCAGCUCAAGGACGAGUUUGAGGCGCUCGGCGUCAAGGUCCUCGGCACGCCUAUUGACACAAUCAUCACUACUGAGGAUCGCGAGCUUUUUGCUCGCAGCAUGGAGUCUAUUGGUGAAAAGUGCGCCAAGUCUGCCUCGGCCAAUAAUAUUGACGAGGCGAUGAACGCCGUCAAGGACAUUGGCUUCCCUGUCAUUGUUCGUGCUGCCUAUGCUCUUGGUGGUCUUGGCAGUGGUUUUGCCAACAACGAACAGGAGCUCCUCGAUCUCUGCAACAAGGCCUUCGCCGCCAGUCCCCAGGUUCUGGUUGAGCGUAGUAUGAAGGGCUGGAAGGAAAUUGAGUACGAGGUUGUCCGUGACGCCCAGGACAACUGUAUUACUGUUUGCAACAUGGAGAACUUUGAUCCUCUCGGUAUUCACACUGGUGACUCCAUUGUCGUGGCCCCCUCUCAGACCCUCUCUGAUGAGGACUACAACAUGCUCCGCACCACUGCCGUCAACGUUAUUCGUCACCUCGGCGUUGUUGGCGAGUGCAACAUUCAGUAUGCUCUGAACCCAUUCUCCAGAGAGUACUGCAUUAUCGAAGUCAAUGCUCGUCUGUCGCGUUCUUCUGCUCUGGCUUCAAAGGCCACUGGUUACCCUCUUGCCUUUAUUGCUGCCAAACUGGGUCUCGGCAUUCCUCUCAAGGAGAUCAAGAACUCCGUGACCAAGGUCACCUGCGCUUGCUUCGAGCCUUCUCUCGACUACGUCGUUGUCAAGAUGCCUCGCUGGGACUUGAAGAAAUUCACCCGCGUCUCCACCCAGCUUGGCUCUUCUAUGAAGAGUGUUGGCGAGGUCAUGAGCAUUGGUCGCACUUUCGAGGAAGCUAUUCAGAAGGCUAUCCGCUCCAUCGACUUCCACAACCUUGGAUUUAACGAGACUCCGGCCCUUAUGGCCAUUGACGACGAGCUGCAGACUCCCUCUGACCAGCGUCUCUUUGCCAUUGCCAACGCAAUGCACCAGGGCUACACUGUGGACAAGAUCUGGGAGCUUACCAACAUUGACAAGUGGUUCCUCCGCAAGCUCAAGGGCCUCAGCGACUUUGGCAAGCACAUGUCCCAGCUUACUGCUUCUGAUGUCGCCAAUUCUCCUUCUCUGCUGCUGCAGGCGAAGAGACUGGGUUUCUCCGACUCGCAGGUCGCCAAAUUUGUGAGCUCCAACGAAAUGGCCAUUCGCAGACUGCGUCUCGACGCUGGCAUCCACCCCUUUGUAAAGCAGAUUGACACCGUCGCUGCCGAGUUCCCUGCCUUCACCAACUACCUAUACCUGACAUACAACGCCUCUGAGCACGAUAUCAGCUUUGACGAUCACGGUAUUAUGGUCCUUGGUUCCGGUGUCUACAGAAUCGGUUCAUCCGUCGAGUUCGAUUGGUGCUCAGUCCGCGCCAUUCGCACCCUGCGUGCCACUGGCUUCAAGACUGUCAUGGUCAAUUACAACCCUGAGACCGUAUCGACCGAUUACGACGAGGCCGAUAAACUUUACUUCGAGAACAUCAACCAGGAGACCGUUCUCGACAUUUACAGUCUUGAGAAUGCUUCUGGUGUUUUGGGUGCCAUGGGUGGUCAGACCCCGAACAACAUCGCUCUACCGCUCUACCGCGCUGGAGUCAAGGUUUUGGGCACCUCGCCUGAAAUGAUCGACAAUGCUGAGAACAGAUACAAGUUCUCUCGUAUGCUGGACCGCAUUGGUGUCGACCAGCCCACCUGGAAGGAGCUGACCAGCUUCAAGGAAGCCAAGUCUUUCUGCGACAAGGUGUCUUACCCUGUUCUUGUCCGUCCUUCUUACGUGCUUUCCGGAGCUGCCAUGAACACCGUCUACUCCGAGAAGGACUUGGAGGCGUAUCUUGCCCAGGCUGCAGAGGUUUCCCGCGAACACCCCGUUGUCAUUACCAAGUACAUUGAGAAUGCCAAGGAAAUCGAAAUGGAUGCUGUUGCCAAGGACGGAAUUGUCGUCGGCCAUUUCAUCUCUGAGCACGUUGAGAACGCUGGUGUCCACUCUGGUGACGCUACUCUCAUCCUGCCUCCUCAGGACCUUGAAGCCACCACCAUUGCCCGCAUCGAGGAUGCUACCCGCAAGAUUGGUGCCGCUUUGAACGUUACUGGUCCUUUCAACAUUCAGUUCAUUGCCAAGGACAACGACAUCAAGGUCAUUGAGUGCAACGUUCGCGCCUCCCGAUCGUUCCCUUUCGUCUCCAAGGUUAUGGGCGUCGAUUUGAUUGAGAUGGCCACCAAGGCUAUCACUGGCCAGCCAUUCCAGGAGUAUCCUCCCACCAACCUCGCCCCCAACUGCGUCGGUGUCAAGGUUCCUCAGUUCAGUUUCUCGCGACUAUCUGGCGCUGAUCCUGUUCUUGGCGUUGAAAUGGCUUCCACUGGUGAAGUUGCUUGCUUUGGUGUUGAUAAGAAUGAGGCUUACCUGAAGGCCCUGCUCUCUACCGGCUUCAAGAUCCCCAAGAGAAACAUUCUUCUGUCUGUCGGUUCCUACAAAGACAAGAAGGAAAUGCUUCCCUCUGUGCAGAAGCUCCAGCGACUUGGCUAUAAGCUGUUUGCCACGGCUGGUACUGCCGAUUUCCUGCAGGAAAACGGUGUUCCGGUCCAGUAUCUCGAGGUUCUCGGAAGCGACGAGGACAGGAACUCUGAGUUCUCUCUCUCUCAGCAUCUUGCCAACAACAUGAUUGAUCUGUACAUCAACCUGCCUUCGAGCAACAAGUACCGCCGUCCUGCCAACUACGUCAGCAAGGGUUACCAGACUCGUCGUAUGGCUGUCGACUACCAGGUGCCUCUGGUUACCAACGUCAAAAACGCCAAGAUUCUCAUCGAGGCCAUUGCCCGCCAUUUCGAGCUCGCCGUCUCUGGUCGCGAUUUCCAGACCAGCCACCAGACUGUUGUUUUCCCUGGCCUGAUCAACAUCGCUGCCUUUGUUCCUGGCAUUGUCUCUCCUCACAGUGCUGACAUCCAGACCGUGACCAAGGCUUCUAUUGCCGCUGGUUUUAGCAUGAUUCGCCUGAUGCCUCUGGGCGUCGAAGGCUCCAUCACUGACGCCAUUUCCCUCAAGGCUGCUCAGCAGAACAGUGCUGCUGGCGGACACUGCGAUUACAACUUCUCCAUCUCCGCCACGAGCAACAAUGCUGAGCAGAUCAGUACUGUAACCGGAGAAGUCGGCUCGCUUUUCAUCCCCUUCAACCACCUCUCUGGAUCUGGUAACAUCAGCAAGGUCGCUGCUGUGACUGCCCACUUUGAGGCUUGGCCCACCAACAAGCCCAUGGUCACAGACGCGAAGUUCACCGACCUAGCCUCAAUCCUACUGCUGGCCAGCUUGCACAGCAGACGCAUUCACGUUACGUCUGUGUCUACCAAGGAUGAUAUCCGUCUGAUUGCUCUCAGCAAGGCCAAGGGUCUCCAAGUCACUUGCGAUGUCUCCAUCUACUCGCUGUUCCUCUCUCAGAAGGACUUCCCCAAGGCGGACUUCCUCCCUACCGCCGAGGACCAGGCUGCUCUCUGGCAGAACCUUGAGACCAUUGAUGUCUUCUCUAUUGGCAGCUUGCCUUACCAACUGGCUACCUCGCUGGGCCACAAGGGUGAUCCUUCUAUGGGCAUUGCUGAGGCUCUUCCUUUGCUGCUCAGCGCUGUCACCGAGGGCAAGCUCACUAUUGACGACAUCAAGGAUCGUCUGUACACCAACCCCAUGGACAUCUUUGAACUCCACGAGCAGACAGGUACUUCUGUUGAGGUCGAAGUCGACCGCGCUUUUGAGGUCGCUAAGGGCUCCUUCUGGUCUCCUCUGGAGGGCCGUCGCCUGCAUGGUUCUGUUCGCCGUGUCACUUUCCAGAACGCUACUCUGUGCCUGGACGACGAGGGCAUUACCGGCUCUCCUACCGGCAAGGACAUGUCUUCACACAUGGUGGCCCCUCAGACUCCUGCCAUGAAGCCCACUACUGCUGCCACCUCGCUGGAGAGCCCCAAGGCCCGCCAGCAGGCUGGUUUCACUCCCCGGCCUAUGGGCCGCCUUCGCGGUAUCACUUCUCCCCAGGCUCUCCCUGCCCAGGGCCCCCGCGGAGCUAUUGAGGAUCUUGGUCUGCCGCUGCAGCUUCAACCUGCCACGAGCACUUCUCUGCACAAGCUCUUGUCGCAGCCGUCUUCGUUCAGAAACGCACACGUUCUCUCUGUCAAGCAGUACUCCCGAGCAGACCUGCAUCUGCUGUUUACUGUGGCCCAGGAAAUGAGACUUGGUGUCCAGCGUGAAGGUGUUCUCAACGUGCUUCCCGGCCGUGUUUUGUGCAACCUGUUCUACGAGCCCUCCACAAGAACUUCGGCUUCCUUCGACGCUGCUAUGCAGCGUCUUGGAGGCCGCACUAUCAACAUCGACACUGCGCAUUCCUCCGUCAAGAAGGGCGAGUCGCUGCAGGAUACUCUGCGCACGCUGGCUUGCUACGGCGACGCAGUUGUCCUGCGUCACCCUGAGGAGACAUCUGUCAACGUUGCUGAGAAGUUCUGCCCCGUGCCCGUUGUCAACGGCGGCAACGGCAGCAAGGAGCACCCUACCCAGGCCUUCCUUGAUCUGUUCACCAUUCGCGAGGAACUCGGUACCGUCCAGGGCUUGACUAUUACCUUUGUGGGCGAUCUCCUUUACGGUAGACCCGUGCAUUCUCUAGUCUACCUGCUCCGGCACUACCAGGUCCAGGUGCAGCUUGUUGCUCCCAAGGGCCUGGAGCUGCCUUCUCAGGUCCGCGAGCAGCUUGCCGCCUCUGGCCAGCUGCUCCGCGAGUCUGAGACUCUCACCCCUGAGAUUCUGGCCCACAGCGAUGUCCUUUACUGCACUCGUGUGCAGCGCGAGCGCUUCGAUAGCGAGGAGAAGUACCAACAGGUCAAGAACUCGUACCGUGUGGACAACGCCACUCUGAAGAGUGCCAAGAGCUCUACGGUUGUUCUGCACCCUCUGCCCCGCAACGAGGAGGUUGCCGAGGAGGUGGACUUUGACCAGCGCGCGGCAUACUUUAGACAGAUGAGAUAUGGCCUAUACUGUCGGAUGGCACUGCUGGCUUUGGUCAUGGCCAGCUCUUGA